AUGAUUUGGUUACUGUCAGAAAACAGACUUUAUGUAACAUUGUUCCUACUUAUAAAUCACACAUCUUAUUUUGUAUGUCUUCUAGCCCUUGGCUGUGGGGUACCUGCCUUCCCACCUGCUGUGACUAGAGUUGUUGGAGGGGAAAAUGCAAUACCGUACAGCUGGCCCUGGCAGGCCUCCCUUCAAUAUCAAUCAAGUGGCAAAUGGUAUCAUACUUGCGGAGGAACCCUCAUUGCAACCAACUGGGUAAUGACAGCUGCACACUGCAUCAGUUCUACCAGGCAAUAUCGGGUACUUCUUGGAAAAUAUAACUUAGCAGAAGAGGAAAAAGGAUCUGUGACAGCUUUUCCAGAAAAAAUCGUUGUCCAUGAGAAAUGGAAUUCAUACAAUGUUGCAAAUGGGUACGACAUUGCUUUGAUCAAACUCACUGAACACGUCAGCCUGAGUGAUCAAAUUGAGCUGGCCUGCCUCCCUGCUGCACAAAGCAUCCUGUCAUCCAACACUGCUUGCUAUGUGACAGGAUGGGGAAGACUGCAGACAAAUGGAGCUCUUCCAGAUGAACUGCAGCAAGGUCUUUUGCUGGUGGUGGAUUAUGCAACUUGUUCCAGGCCUACCUGGUGGGGAAGCACAGUGAAAACCAACAUGGUUUGCGCUGGUGGGGAUGGAAUCACCUCCAGCUGUAAUGGGGACUCUGGUGGCCCACUGAACUGUCAAGGUGCUGAUGGCAGAUGGGAAGUGCACGGUAUUGUCAGCUUUGGCUCUUCUCUUGGCUGCAACUAUUAUCGGAAACCUUCUGUCUUCACUCGGGUCUCUGCUUACAACAGCUGGAUCCAGCAAGUUAUGGAAAGCAACUAAUCCAGAGAACUGGAUGACAGAUCAGAUCAGUGCCAAGAAGGAGAGCAGUUUGAAUAAAGACAUAAUCAUGACACCUUUGAUCACAAAUAGCUGGGAAUUAUUCUUUUAACUCUGCAAUAAACACUAUUUUUGCAACAUGAAAGAAAAACACGUGUCCCUGUCAAUUCGUCUUGUGUAUUGUCAAGACCAGAGCCUGUAUUUAGUGAUAAUGCUGGAAACCUUUUAAAGGCUUUCCCCUGCCUUGGGCUGGAGCUUGAUGCUCACCUGGGGGAAGAUGCCAGCCUGCUGUGAAGAAGAUGGGCACCAGGAAGAGUAGAAAGCCAUGGGAUGAACUCUAGGGGUAGAGCGGUGAGAAAGCAAGGAACUAGCAGGGCAGGAGGAGGCAGGCAGGCAGGAGACAGGACCCUCAAGCCUGCGAGCAGGACUCACCAGGACAAGCAGUGCAAUGCCCAGCAGGAAGGCAGCGCGAGUGCAAGCAGGUCAAUGCAGGUGAGUGUGGGAGUGCUGCAAAGUGCCUGCUUUUAGAGAGGUUUUUAACACCCUGGGAUCUUGGGGUUUAGCAACAGGAAUGUUAAAAUGCAGCAGCAAGUGCUGGCAGGCAGCUGCCCUGGCAGCAUCGCUGCA